ACGAUUUAUUUUUUCAUUGAAAACAAAGCGAUGGGCAGCACGAAGAGAUGGGUGUUGUUCAAGAGGCUGAUGAAGAAGGAAGCAUGGAGGGGGAAGUUCUGGGGGUCUGCUUUCAAAUGGAAGAGGCUGAAGAACAUUAAACUCUCUUUCAUUGAGGAUGUGCGUUUCAAGAUUGUGUCGGUUUUAGAGGCUAUUUACUUGGUGGCUACUCUCUGUUUCUUCUAUCUUUGUUGCGGCUGUCACUUUUGACAGUUUUAACGUGUAAUCUAAAUGAAGAAUUGA